CUACAUUUUUUGUCAUUUUCACUCAAUCUGUCGUUGUCUUGUACAUACCAAUGGCGGAUCAAAGCUCAAACCCAUCAAUCAUGGUGCCGAAACAACCACACCCACUUCACCAAAUUGCAGAAACACCAACCCACAGGUUGCUUUUGAAACAAUGGCUGAAAGAAGAAGAACUAAUUUUCAACAGAAUAUCCCUCAAGGAGACUCAAAUCGAUUCCGUCCGUAAAGAAAUCACGCAGCUUUACAUGUUCUUCUUCCUCUUCCAUUCCAUUUCUCUUCUCCUCCUCUUCAACUCUUCUUCAAAGGACCCUCCAACUGGUGCCUGCCACAGGUCUUGGAUCCCAUCUUUGUGUUCUUUACUAUGUUCAAUGGGGAUUAUUUGGGCUGUUAGGUAUAAAACUGAUGUGGAAGGGCACUUGGAAAAGCUGUUGGAGAGGGAAAAAGAGGAUGGAAAGUUGUUGGCCAAGUGUGUGGAGGAGUUGAAGAAGAAAGGUGUGGAGUUUGAUUUGUUGAAAGAGGUUGAUGCACUCAGGAGGGCCAAGAGUUUGAGGGUGGAGGCUAAAGCUGUGAGGAAAUGGUCUGCUAGGGACUUUGUCACAUUAUUUUUCUUCACUGUUUCAUGCCUGGUUCUUGGGUUGACAAGGGUUAUUUUGUGCAGUUAAAGGUUGAGGGGAACAUGUGGGAAUUUUGGCAUUUUGGGUACUGAUUCUUUUCUGGGUUUCUUCUACAUAGUUGGGCAGAAGAUUAAAUCUUAGAUCCUGUCAUAGAAUUGGUUGAAAUUGGUUUCUGGAUUGGAAGUAUUUGCAGAAUACUCUGUUCUGCCUUUUUUUAUUUCAGUUAAAUUUGGGGUAUUUAUAUCUACAAAUUAUGAAAUAAAGUACGAUAUUUCAUAUUUAUUAGUUUUCCCAUUUUCGCAUUAUUUGAUGGCAA